UUACCAGAUUAUUUGGAGAAUAUUGAAACAAAGAAAUUUGUUUUGAUACCUGGAGAAGGAUUUGGAGCUUGGUGUUGGUAUAAAACUAUUGCUCUACUCGAGGAAGCUGGAUUACUUCCGAUUGCCUUGGAUCUAACAGGAUCUGGCAUUGAUAUAACGGAUACGAACAACGUCAUUACACUAGCAGACUAUUCAAAACCAUUGAUUCAAUAUCUGCAGAAUUUACCAGAGGAUGAAAAGGUAAUAUUGGUCGGUCACAGCAGUGGAGGAGCUUGUAUCUCCUAUGCCUUGGAACAUUUCCCUCAGAAGAUCUCAAAAGCCGUGUUCCUUUGUGCUACGAUGAUAUCCGACGGACAGAAACCAUUUGAUGUGUUUGCCCAAGAGGUAUACUUUAGCCGGUCAUCUUAAAGUUUUGGGCCCAAAAAGUGUUAAUUUGUACACCAUGAU